UCUUCACACAAUUUUGCAAUGUGGUUGAGGGCUCCUGGAUUAGGGAUGGCAAAAGCCCAAGAUUCCGAUCCACCUUUGAACAAUGCCUGGCAAGAAAAACAUAUAAAUAAUUACUAAUCUAAUUAAAAAAAACCUAACAUACUAUUAAUAUCAAAGGGCCAACAUGAAUGAUAAUUAUUCUAAACCCCCCUCUGUAUUUGUCUGAUUUUGACUAAAUUUACUAACUAUAUGAUUUACAAACAUAAAAACGAGGUCUUUUUGAAAGAACGCUGCUACAAUGUACUGCAAACUCGUAAGUAAAAUUAACGAGAUUUAAAUAAAUUUGAAUAUGUGUUUGUUAUGCAACUCUUCCUGUACUUAAAAAGUUGCCUACAACCUUAAGUCUAUUCUUUUCAUAUUUUUAUUUCUGAGUUUGUCAUUCUAAUAUAUAAAAUCCUGCAUGGUUCCCCAAAUGGGUGUAUAUGUGAUAUCAUAGGGGUCGUGGGUUCGAGUCUCACCAAGGUCACGUGAUUUUUAAAUUUUAUAUUUUUCUGCUAUGACGUAUGUUUGGCACAAAAUAUACUCGACAACAGUUAUUUAAACGAUUUUUGAACGUCUUUCUGACAGCUAAGACAACAACAACAACAACAACAACAACUAGAUAGAGUACACAGUGACACCGUUUUCUUUACAAUGGCUAACACUUCGUUCAGUCAUGAUACAAGCAGUGGACCAUCGGGUGCUUGUUUCAAAUUGGUGCCGAUAUUCGAUCCCUUCAACAUGACAGAUCGCCCAAACUCUGUUCAACCAUUCUGGACAUUCCUCGCUGUAGUCAACGCCAUCGCCUCUCCGAUUACAGUUGUCAUAAAUGCUUUGGUCAUCUGGGCUAUCCUUGGCAGCGAAGAGAUACGAUCGUAUACUUUCAACUUGUUGCUGGCUGCUCUGGCAGUGACCGAYUUUUUUGUGGGACUAGUGGCUGAACCGCUGUUUGCGUCGAACUUAGUUGGUCUAAUUCAGGAAGACUAUUUUCUAUGUACUAUUAACACUGUUUACUUUUUUGUGUCUUUUCCUUGGUAUGUUGAAACUCUGUUGACUCUUGCGAUAGCGAGUGUGGAACGAUACCUCGCUAUAGAACAUCCGAACGUUUACCAAGUACAUCAGUCAAGAAAUAAAGUCGUAAUUAUCACUGCUGUAAUGUGGUUAGUAAGUCCAGCAAUCCUUUUAGGUAGCACAGUUUUAGUCAGAAGUAACAGCCCAUUCCUGGUAAAAGUACCAUMUAUGAUCUUCAUGGUUAUGUGUGGACUAAUUGUUUSUUGCUGCACUGGCAAAGUCUUUAGGACCGCUUACCAUCACAGCAGAGCAAUCGCUGUCCAAGUAGCUGCAGUACAGCCUCAMACCAGCGGACAWAACAAGGAGCACAAGAAAGUAUUUACGUUUACCAUCUUGGUGUUAGCGUCUGUUAUMUUCUACUGYCCGUUUAUUAUUGUCACAGCGAUAGAGGUAGGUAAGGGGAAAAAUGUCACGGAUUUUUUCAAGUACACCUCGAUGCCYAUCAGUUUGACAUUCAUUCACAUACAGUCCCUUGUCAACCCAAKUAUCAUGUCGYUACGCCUCUCGUACAUUCGUCAAAGAAUCAAAAACAAACUACUAGRGUUCAAUUGAAGCYUUCACAGAAUACGAAAACAACCGUAGUCGUUGAAGGAACGGUUUCAUGGGCUGUAUAUUUGCAAGUAAUAUGUCAAAGAACUAUGGAAAACUAAAAAAAGAAACUAUAUUUAGUUCUAUUUAAAUCCGCUUUGAAAGUACAGGAAAAAACCUGGUCGUUACCACUGUAAAAAACCUUGCUGUAAAUUAGAUGUAAAAAUGAUGUUAAAAUGAUUUAAAUGAUGUAAGUAAUGUUUACAUGAU